GCUAAGGGGGUGUACGUUCGCUGCGUUUCCCCGCGAGAUUACGAUACCGCGCGUGAACUUUUCAAAGUGUUUUGUGAAGUGCUUUGUUUUUGUUAACGUGGGAUUUGGUUUUUUAAUGUAACCGAUUGCAAAUUCAAAAAAAGAAAAUGUAAGAUGACAUUUGUUAAGUGAGCAAGAUGGCGGACGCGUUUGGCGGCAGAGUCGUUCGAGUGCUGAUCGUCGCGGUUUUUGUCGACUCCAUAGCUUGCCAGAUCAGCUGGACCGAGGAGAAUGAGGAUCUUGCACGGCAGAGCGACCAUACCGCGCCAGACGUGGACUUUGUUCCAGUGUCGACGAUGGAAGUGGAGGCGGUGGUGGGGCGGACGGCCUCCCUGCCUUGCGACAUCGAGCCCGACUCCAACGAGGAUCGAGUGUAUAUGGUGCUGUGGUUCCGGCACUCUGGAGGGAAGCCGUUGUAUAGUUUCGACGUGCGCGGGCGCAGUUUCAACAAGGCGCUCCAUUGGUCAGAUCCGCUCGCGUUCGGCAGACGAGCGUACUUCGUCACCAUGUCGCGACCCUCGUCACUCACCGUGGACGGAGUCCAGCUGGAUGACGAGGGAGUGUACAGGUGCAGAGUUGACUUCAAGAACUCUCCCACGAGGAAUUUCCAGAUACGACUUAAUGUUAUUGUACCACCACACCAACUCCUGCUGUAUGAUGAAGCCGGCCGUGACGUGGCGGGAGUGGUCGGCCCUCUGGAAGAAGGAGGGAACUUCACGCUGCUCUGUGAACUUAGAGGAGGGCGUCCACAACCAACUUUAACAUGGCUGAUCAACAACAAGCCGUUGGAAGACCACACCUUGCUGAAGAAUGACGGGAAGGUGAUAGUAAGCAGGAUCAGUGUGGGCGGCGCUGAGCGGAGCUGGUUGAACACCAGCAUACGCUGCCAGGCUACCAACACUCCCCUGCUGAGUCCGCAUGAGAGGACUGCCAGGGUGGAGAUGCAUUUGCGACCUCUGUCCGUGAUGAUCACAAACAAACCAGGGCAGAUGUCUGCAGACAAUGAAAUGACUCUGGUGUGUAUUUCCCAUGGCAGCAGGCCACCGGCCCAGAUCACCUGGUACAGGGAGAACAGGAGAUACACCAGGGGGAAGCACAGCGAGUUCACGAACGAGACUACGACAGUGAGCAGGCUGACCAUGCUGCCCCAACCUGAGGAUGACGGCACCGUCAUCAGGUGCAGGGCAGACAACCCAGUCUUGAGGGUCGCUUUGGAAGACUCCUUCAGGAUGAGCGUUGUUUACAGACCAGUCCUGACAAUGUCUCUGGGCAGCACCCUUAACCCCAACGACAUUAAGGAAGGCGAUGAUGUCUACUUUGAGUGCAACAUUAGGGCUAACCCCAGGGAGCACCGGAUCUCCUGGUACCAUAACGACCAGCCGGUGAGCCAGAACAUGUCGUCAGGAGUGUUCAUAAGCACCAAGUCGUUGGUCCUCCAGAAAGUCACCAAGAGGGAUGGAGGGCUUUAUACGUGCAGGGCGGCCAACCAAAUGGGAGAGUCGACGAGCCAACCUGUGUAUCUUAGAGUACAAUACGCGCCGGUGUGCGCACAACCCACGCCGCUCGUGGUGGGUGCGCGGCUGGACGAACCGCUGCGCGUGCGCUGCACGGUGGCCGCGGACCCCGCAGAUGUCGCCUUCUACUGGCAGUUCAACAACAGCGGCGAGAGCUUCCAGGUCUCGCCUGCUAGAUAUGUAUCCACAGGGGGCACGACGAGUGAGCUGCGGUACCGCGCGGCGAGCGAGCGAGACUACGGCGCGCUCAUGUGCCGCGCCGCCAACGCAGUCGGACGGCAGAGGCGGCCGUGUGUGUUCCAGAUCGUUCCUGCGGCCCGUCCCUCGCCCCCCAGAAACUGCACAGCAAAUAGAAUAACAAAGAACACCGAACAGUAUCUAACAGUGAGAUGCAUUUCUGGGUAUGAUGGUGGCCUAACCCAGCACUUUACCCUGGACGUUAUCGGAGACACUACCAGGGUACUGGUAAACACAACAGCAGCAGUGGCAGAUCUAGUAGUAUGGUUGAACAUAAGCUGGUCUUCCGUGGAGUCGUUGACGGAAGACGAGGAGCUGGUCGUGACUGCGAGGAACAGCAAGGGAGCCUCAGACCCUGUGCUAUUAAGGGACUUGGUGUACAGGGAUGCUGCGAAAAGAGCAGAAAGCACUACGCGAGCGGAGUCCAAGUUCCCCGCUGCCGCCGCGAUUGCAGCGCUCGCUACAAUACUCACAAUAGCUGCUGCUAUUGUCGUCCUGGCUGUGCGCAAGCGUAACGACAACUCGUCAGGCAGUAAGCGACCUUCGCAGAGCGUGGUCCAGGUAGACGCUCAAGGCAGGAGGUAUCUCAUAGCGUACCCAGCGCCUGCGGACAAGCUCGAGACCAAACCUGACAUCCUCAAUCCUAAGUCUGAAGCAGAACCCCCGCGCGUGGUGCUGGAGUCGAGCGACAACAAGAGCUACACCAUCAGGGAGCUGCCGGACGGACAGAAGACGCACAAGCCUCCCUCACCAGACGAACAUAUGAUGCCGCAGAGAUAACAAAAGGAUAUAGAAACGACCGUCUUGUAAAUAUUAUCGCAAAUAGUAUUGUAAACCCGUGGAAUGCCAACAAAAUAAUUGUACGUGCAAAUUGAUGUAAUCGGGUUGCUGGUUGGUGGGAUUUUGAGUUUGUUGUAAAAUUAAUGACAUUAAAUAAUAGUUUCUGAUGCUCUUGGAUUGGCUUUUAUAAUAAAAUAAAUUUAUAGAUUUUUUUACUUUUUAUUAAUACUUCAUGAAAACUUUAUGUAUUUCGACGGUAGAUAUUUUUUACCAAACUCGGCAUUCCACUAAACAACAACUGUGACCCACUAAAUAAUGUAUAGACGAAUCUUCCAUAUCAAUUUUUAAUAUUUCUAGAUAUUAAGACGUUCCUCUGUUUUCCCAUUAAAAUGCAUUUAUUAUGAAUAUUUUCUUCUUAAUUUAUAUUUUUCUACUUUAUUAUAGUUUGGUCGAUGAUUUUUGGAUAAAAUGUAAAUAAUAUAUUAGGGGACUUUUUUGCCAGGUGUGUCUUCGUAUAGGAGAGUACCUACGAUAGGUAGGUACCAUUGUUUUGUCUAUUUGUCAAGUAAUAAUCUAAGCAUUGACUGUUAUAUAAUUCGAAUGAAAUUACGGACAUAAUGCAGUAGGUUAAUGCUACUGACUGGCUUAACUACAUUGGUGGCGUAGUUGUAUUGCGUGCGCGUAACAAUACUAAGCGUAGGUUCCGCAUUCGAAACCGGGUCGGGAAAAUUGAAUUUUAGUGCUCAGUGACAAAAUAAAAUUACAAUAUGAUGAAGAUGAUAAGCGAUACGACCGCCCAUAAAUAGUAGAAACACUAUCCAACACCUUGAAUUACAAAGUAUUGUUUAGCAUUCAACCGCGCUCGCCAUUCCGAGACAUGAGAUUUUAAGUCUCAUUAUGUCCAGUAGUUACACUGGCUAUGAUGUUCUUCAAACCGGAACACAACAGUGACUACACACUGCUUAACGGCAGAAAUAGACAUUGUGGUUGUACCUACCCAGGCGGACUCUCACAUAUGAAAGACCUACCAUCAGUAAAUGCUUCGGUUUAUACCAUAAAGAUUGGCAAUCUAAAGAAAAUUACGUUACUCAAUAAAACAAAUACCUAACAUAAUUGAACUAUAUAUCUAAACUAUUUCAACACGAACGUUUAAGCUAAUGUGCACACAAUUCGUUAACGAACGUCGUGGCGAGCGCACGCUUCUUUAGCGGUUAGUUGGCAACAAAAAAAGUUUAAUACCCUACAGUUUGUGGCAUCAGUGAGGUGCCCGCAGAGGGGGUUUACAUGGAGGCAUUGGAGGAUGACUUUCGAAUUUAUGAUUCGAGCGAUAAUGAUAGUGCUUCCGGGGAGGUAACAA